GCUGAUGGUGACGCUGCGGGGAGAGCGCUCCCCAGUUCCUGAAACAUCGGGCGCUGCGGGCUCCACGGGCUCAGGGCAGGGCAGGGCUGUCCCGUGCUCCUCCCCCGCCGAGUCUUCUCUGCCCGUCGCGGGGAGAAGCGUUAGUCUGGGUAGCAGGGGAGGGCGGGUAGCAGUGACAGCCCCAGAUACCCGCCCUCUGCCCGGGAAGGCGGUGCUGGGGGGACCUUCCUGCCAGAGACCCGACCCUACCCCACCCCACCCCUACCCUGCUGGGACCAUCCUGCCAGGAACGGAGCCCCGUGCACCCCUCCUCUCAGCAGCAAUUACAGAGACCACCCACCGCGCUGGGACCUUCCUGCUAGCUGCAGAGAUCUCUCCCCACCCUACACCCCUGGGACCCCCCUGCUCAGCAGCACUACCAGAGUCCACUGCACCUUCCUGCUGGUAGCAGGGACCCUUCGUGUCUCCGCUGGGAUCUCCCUAGCAGGGGUAACAGAGACUUUCCUGAUACCCAGGGAAACUUGCUCCCUCCCCUUUGCACCCCAAAGACUUUCCUGCAAAGAACGUUAGAGACGCCACGCUUCAGAGACCCGUUAGCAGCGGCAGCAGAGACCUUCCAACCAAAACUCCUCCUGAAUAGCAGCAGGAGACCCACUCAGCCCUUUGUAAUCCUGAGACGUUCUGGCAGCAGAGACCCACUCCCACCGAAAUCCAUCCGAGAGGAGCAGAGAACGCCGAUCAACAACAGAUCCUCUCUAUUCACCAGUACAUGGAUUAUCUGUGUUUUAAAGCGCUUUGCUGCAAGGGACCACCACCUCCACGACCUGAAUAUGACUUGGUUUGUAUAGGUCUCACUGGGUCUGGCAAGACGAGUCUACUGUCACAGCUUUGCAGUGAAAACCCAGAGAAUAUAGUGUCUACAACAGGUUUUAGCAUAAAAGCAGUGCCAUUCCAGAAUGCCGUCUUGAAUGUAAAAGAACUUGGAGGGGCUGACGCUAUUAGGAAGUACUGGAGUCGUUACUACCAAGGAUCCCAAGGGGUAAUAUUUGUAUUAGACAGUGCCUCCUCGGAAGAUGAUCUAGAAACGUCGAGGAAUGAACUACAUUCUGCUCUUCAGCACCCACAGUUAUGUACUCUGCCAUUUUUAAUAUUGGCCAAUCAUCAAGACAAGCCAGCAGCUCGCUCAGUACAAGAGAUCAAAAAAUAUUUUGAACUUGAACCACUUGCACGAGGAAAGCGCUGGAUUCUUAAACCCUGCUCCCUGGAUGAUAUGGAAGCAGUAAAAGACAGCUUCACCCUUCUGAUCAAUUUGCUAGAAGAGAGAGAGCUUGAGCCUUCAAGAAUGUGAAAAGCUAGGAAAGAGGACUGCCUCUCCAAUCAUCGUUGUACCUGUUUAUUCUGCUUAAUUAUGAUUUGGUAUCAAGACUGCGUUACAGCUUACAGUCAAUAUAAACUUUCAUUUAGUGCAGAAGAGCUGUUUGUUAAAAUAAAUGUAAAUUGGGUAUAUGAGUAUUCCAGUUAAGUCAUCACACUACUGAAAUAUAGGGAGUUACUCUUUGUUUACCACUAAUUCUGUUCACUGCAUGUUUUCUCCCUGCAUUAUCAUAAAAAUAUACUUGAUAUGGAAUUCUGCAUGCACAAAGUCACAGUCUGUAAAGGUUUGAAAAAAAAUACCACCAACUAUGUUUUCUGAAAAGUAAGUGUCAUAAGAAUUUGUGGAUAUUACUUUGUGUGUUAGUCCUUGGGGUCAGCAAACUAGCUAUCUGGAAAGGACGGCCAUUGAGAGUACCCGUAAAUCAGCUUACAAGCAAGGCAAUGUCUUGAUGCAAAGUCUAGUCUGAAGUCUUACUGAAUGAAAAUACAAAUACCUUGCUGGUUGAUUACUAUUCUAAUUCUUAACCUUUUCAAAGGCACAAGCAGUGAAGUUAGUGGGAGUGAGGGGAAAUAAGACACAAACACAACCUGUGCACAUAUCAGCAUUUGCUAUGGACUUUGGAUUAUCUGGAAUAUAAAAAGUAGCUUGCAUAAAAUUGCAGAUACAACUUAAGUAGAUAAUAUUUUUUUAAAUGAAAUAGGUUGAAUAAAAUAAAGUUUACCAGUUUUUUUUUAGUGACUAUGAUUAAAGAGCAGCAAGAGUAUAUGUAUUUUAACUCAGAUGUGGAUGCAGGCUGGAUAAAUAGCAUGAAGUGUGACAUUUAAAUUAAGAAAUCUCCUGUAUCUCUCACUCAAAGUAGUAUUGUUAUCACAACUGUGCUCCUGCCUCUAUACUAUAAUUAAGGGUCUGCCAAUAUCUCUGUUAUAAACCCCUAUUUUCAGGACUUUAAAAAAUGCCUUCAGAAAUUUGCUGAGGACUAAAUGUUAGUAAAAAGUUUAUUAAUCCGAACCAAAGUUUUGCACAAAUUUGGAAAAACUCCAUUCAGUUCUAGGAAUGCAAUACAUAUUCCACCCCUUAGCCCCAGUCACCCCAGGUUUGCAGCGUUUGCAUGCCUUUUGGCAGUUUUAAAAUUAUAUAAAUCAGUUUGGUUUUCAAAUGAGCUUCUCAGUUCAUUGGUUCAUAAUAAAACCAGAUAUCACAACAGGGUGUAGAAAUCAGUAGAUGUUUGAUACAUAUCUUGGUUGUUGUGCCUCGUCCAGUUAGCUGCCCACAUGCACCAGUAUCCUGCUUGAUGCAUACCCUGCAAUGGCAUAUUGAGGGUAUAGAAAUCCAUCUUGAUUCUGAGUUUCAGGUUUUGAAAAAUCUUCUUAAAAACCUACUUUUCAGAGCUUUAUGCAACAUGUCUUUUCACUCUGAAAGUUCAUUUCUUUAAGUUUAUUAUAGUUUAUAGUUAGUUUGAGGAUAAGAAAAAAUAGUGAGGGAGAGCCUAUAAAACCUGGUUCUCUAUUUGUAAUGUACUCUUUGUUAAAUUAACUGGUUUCUAUAACUUUUACCUUUUUAAGUUUCCUUGAACUAUUUGGAUCACUUCUUCCCUCACUUGUGAACUUCCCUGAGUCCCACUUCAAUAUAAGUGUGUAGCCUGGUAGAGGCUUCUUCAACUCACUUCCUAUAAUCAAAACUAAACCGGGGUUCCUGAGUCGCUUCUGAAUUAAUUGUGUAAUAGAAACUGAGAGCUGAAAGUGACCAAAGUGCUAGAAUCUCCUGGCUAGAGAGCAUCUGGGAUCACUGACCCUUUCCUCUUCCUCUCUUCCCCUAUCUUUGUAUUUCUUACCCAUGUGCUGCCCCAAGGCACCUCUUCUGCAGAUACUCAGGAACUUAAACUGUUCAUAUUACUCAAAACCAGCUCCCAACUCUCCUUCUAUGAAUUGGAAGCACACUUGCUGCCCCUCAGGUAUUGCUAUGUACCUUGAGUGGGCUCCCUUCAUCUGAACUAAAUAGGAAUUGGGAUCUAAUUUAGAGCUUCCAAUUCACUCUUUCAGAUAACACAAACAAUUUAAAGUUCUCAGGCAUCUGCAAAAGAAGCUGUUUGGAGGAGGAUGAGAGUAAUAAGGGGAAGCAGGCUGCAUGCAAAAGGGAAGCCUGCUCUGGGGGCAAGAGGAAGGGAAAAGGUAGCAUUGUAAACUUUAGCUGCUUUUCAGUUUAAAAUUAGAGGAUGGGAGGAACAAUCUUUUUACUAUUUUCUGCCCUGUGGCCCAUAUUAGAUGUAAUUAAUCAAAUUCACAACAGGUGUAGAUGAGACCAACUCCACUUACUUCUUAUUAAUUUACACCAACAGUGAAUUUGGUGGAAAGGUCAUGGGGGGUUGAUAUUAGUUUGGUCAUGAGAUCUCAACUAUGCACUGUUGGAAAGUGCUACAUAGCAGUGACAUCAAGAAGGCCCAACUAGCCAAUCAGAAUGUGGCUUUAGCCAUACUCUCUUAUACAGUAUAUUAGGACCUUUUGAUGUUUAAUUAUUUUCUUUAGGAAAAUGUCAGCUGCACAGGAUCAGUGAAAUUUUUUUGUAAUGAUUUUCAAUGUGCAUAUUCUUAGUAAUCGCUCUAUACUACAGGUUGAAACAAUACCUCAUAACUGUUUAAGGAUUCAAGAAAGGUGUUUAACAUUACUUUGAAUGUGGUUCUGUCUGUGAAUGGAUUAUAAUGGAUUUGUAGAUUUUAAAUGUUUAAACACUUUCACCUUUUUUAUGGAGGGAUUAAAAAAUGCAUAGCCAUUCAUGUCACAUUUUCUUUGUCUAAAGUGUUCUUGAAUAUUCUUAAUACAGAAUCUGUGAACACCACACAAUUUUUAUUCAGAUGACCAAUCUCAAUUACUGUUUUCUCUUCCUGUGCAUUUGUUUAGAUUAAAUAAAUUCAAUCACUAGGAACUAGCUACUUUCCAUGCAACGUCAUUAAACAGUGAAUAUUGUCUUUUUAAAAAAAAAGAUAUUGUGGUUUAAUGUUCUUUAGCCAUCUGUUAAAUUACUUUCUGGGUGUGUGUUUUUGUGUGUGUGUGGAUGUGCCCACACUGGGCGGCUUCUCAGACCUAUGUCUGUCUGCAGUAUUUCAGCAGUCAGAAUAAAAACAUUAUCAAUCAGUAUCCAACAACAGCUGUUUUUGACAUGCUUCUGUCUGACGCCUAAUGUUUUACAACUGUCCUCCUUUGUCUAGCAGUUCUGAGCUGGUCAUCUUGUUGCUUCCAUGUUCUGUCCUGUACUUGUACUAACAGAAUUUGCUGUGGUUUUGGAAAUCCUUGUUAGUGUUUUUGAUAGUCUUUCUUGCUGUAUAAUGUGCUAUGUGUCUUAGUUUGCAUAUUCAGAUGUGCUAUACAGAAAUCUGUGAUGUAUUAUUUCAUUUAGUUUCUGGCGUUUCAUUAUAUUUAUAGAAGUUACAGAUUUUUGUACCUUAUUAGCUACUACUGUUGCCUUUUUGUAAUGGCAAUUAAUUUAUAUUACAAAACUUUGUAUUUUUUCUGUAAUUGAGUAUUGGUUGAUAGUUAAAUGUCAUAUUAUACUGACUUUAUACUAAAAAUACAUCGUCUAUACUUAGUAGUUGACCCAUUCAUGUAGGCAACUGCAAGACCAGAGGAACUUGUACUGUCUGAUUUAUACAUGAUUUCCACGAUCAAAAUAUGAAAAUAAACACUGAGUAGAACUGAA